AAAAAAAUACAAAAAAAAAUGUGUUCGGCUAUAAUCUUUCCCAGUUCUUUGGUAUAUCAAAAAUUUUUGCAAGCUAAUCAUCUUUAUAAUCGGCAAUGCAUACAUCGAUUCUGUGAAAAGAUCUACGGGCGAGUGACGUUUCAGGAGAACGUUCACUUUAUGAAAUUGCAACGGGAACAAUUGAAGAAUUUGCGGUUAAAAUUUCAGGAGGAGAAGGCUCUUAUUAAGGCUAAAUUGGAUCGCUUGGAUGGGAAAAUUGUGGAAAUGCAGGAAAAGCAUUUUGAACCUGAGAGUCGUAAAAAAAAGUAGAUGAAAUCCAUUUAUUACAAUCCAAAAAUGAUUAGUCGAGGACUUUUCUCAAUGGGCUUAAGAAGCCUUAGAUUAUUGAAACCUGAGCCCCAAUUGGUUCAGCUGGCAGUAACGCGCCACAUGAAAGAUAUCUAUGACAAGGGCAAAGGCGAUGAGAAAAUGCAUGUCAAUAAACUUCAAAUGGAACAACUUGAUAAGCUUAGGAAAAAGAAGAUUGAAGAGCUGACAGCUGAAAUUGAAGCCAUCAAACAGGAGAUCAAUGAUUUAGUCAAGGAAAGGACCAGCGAUUAUCAGGAAAGGAAGAAGGAACUAGAGCAAAAAAUUCAAGAGAUAAUUCAAAUUAUCAAUGAUAUCAUGAAAAUAUUGGGUGGAAAGAAACGCUAAAAAAAUCAUAUUCCUAAACAACUUGUUCGAAAAGUCUUCUCAAAAUGUGAAUCAAUUUUAGGCCGAUUGGAAAAAAAACUAUUUUUGGUCAAUUAAAUCAACCUAUCUAUAAAGCAUA